AACAUACCCACAAAUGACAUUUGUUGGAACAAGAAAAAAUAAAAAUUAUUUAUUAAUAUUUCGUCUUACAAAACCGUGCAAUGAGUGAAGACCUGCAAAGAAAAAUCCAGUCGGAACUGGACAGUUUUAAGAAUACCCAAAAAGAAUUACAAAAGGCAAUUUCGACGAGACAACAAUUAGAUAGUCAGUUAAAUGAGAAUAUUAUUGUUAYAGAUGAAUUAGAAAUCCUUCCUAAAGAUGCRAAYGUGUACAAAUCRGUCGGUCCAGUUCUUAUCAAAACUGAACUUGUUGAAGCAAGACAAAAUGUGGGCAAACGAAUGGAUUAUAUCAAAAAAGAGAUUUCAAGAGUCGAUGAUUUGAUCACAUCUAUUGAAAAGAAGCAAGAUGUGCAUCGGGAYGCUCUCCAAAAACUGCAACAUCAGUUUCAACAAGCCCAAGUGAAAGCUGCAUUGCAUGCUUAAUUUACYGAUUUAUAUCUCACUUAUUUAUUAACAAUUAAACUCGUGUUUUGUAAUACAAAUCAAAAAUAAAAAACUCGUUAACUCA